AGCACGACACCUGUGUACACAAUAAUAUGUUUAGUAAUCCGGAAACCAAAUUCAGAUUCAGCUGUGACGUUUUGUAAACAUGGCUUUAAAGUCAUUUUUGUCCAAAACAAAAAUAUUUAGAAAAUUUGAUUUUUUGAGCUGCCGUUCUUCUUGCAGUCCCAGUUCAAGUAGUAUUUUUACAGUAAAACACGAUCGGGAAAAACAGCGCUUCACUAUCAAGCUGGAACAUGAUACUUCAGAGCAGGCCGUGCUGUAUUAUGAGUACACUGGAAAUAAAAAAGUAAACCUUCUGUCUACAGUAGUACCCACAGAAUUCAGAGGAAAAGGAAUUGGAAAACGUUUAGCUGAGGCUGCCAUGGAUUUUGUUGUUGAAGAGAACCUAAAGGCAGAUGUAAGUUGCUGGUAUAUAAAGCAAUAUGUUGAAGAAAACCCUCUCCCGAACUACAAGGAUCACAUUUCAAACUGAAUGUCAUCACUGCAACAUGGAACAAGUUACUAAGAAUAGCAGUCUCUGCUGGGAAGAUCACUAUCUAUACACAGGUGUUAACAGUUAGAAUGAGUUUCAAAGAACAGCUGCAGUUUAAAUUGAUUUUAAAAAAGGAUUCCAGAUUAAAUAAAUUACAAGUACUGUACUAACUAAUGUCUAGGAAGAGGCUGAUUUGUGUACCGUUUUAAUUCAUGUUCCAUUUUAUAUCCUUUUUUAGCUAAGAAGAAAAUGUGAAAAAGACUGCUGUGUCAUACUGUACGUAAUUCAAGCGCAGCAAGAUAAUUAUAACUUUAUUAAAUGUACACUGUUUUCUAGCUCGAUACAAAAUACCGCUGGGGUGGCUCACUACAGAAGAUAGAAAUGUGGUUUAAUUAUAAUCUAAUUUAUGAUAAAAAAAAAAGUUUAUAGUUUACAGAUCACAUAUCCAUUUUGGUUUUGUUUAACUUAAUAAAUCAAACUUUAGUAUUGAAACUAUAUUAAAUAGUAUUGAGAAUUACACACUGACAGAAUACUAUGUAAAUACAGUACUCUGUAUCAUUAAAAUUUAUUAUAUUAAAUUACUGGUUGAAUAGCUGGGGUUAAUUUUAUUUAUUGUAGAUUUUAAUCCAGCGUGCUAACAAAUGUGUGUAAUCCCAGGCAAGGGUUGUACUGUAUAUUCCCGUGUUUGGGUAUAAUCUGAUAAACUGUUGAUUUUAUACAAGUGGUCACUUCAAUAUUGUGAAUUUAUUAAAGGAAAUGCUGUAGCCAACAUAAAGCAAUGCUAAAUAUGUAGUGACAUAAACAGACCAUCUUUAGUGAUAGGUAAUUCUUUUACCACUAGGUGGCACCAGAGUACACUGUUUGCUGUUGUGGCACUAUAAUAGGGUUGUCAAUAUAGUUAUGCAAUAUCCAGUUAUCAUUCAUUAAAAUAUUUAUCUAUUACCAUAGAAGAUACAACUAAACAAUGUGAUAAUGCAUUAAACAUAAAUCAAGAAAUUAGAUUGUUGUGGAAAAUUCAAUAUUACGCAACCAUCACAUUGACUGAAUCCAUGACAUAAGAUACCAUAGUAGUAAGACAUGUGUAAUAAUGCUGAUGGUUACAUUUUGAGCCUAAUAAUAAUAGCUGUUUAAAUCUGAUUGAGUACCACAUAAGUAUAAAUUAUACUUUGCAAGAGAAAGAUACUAUUUGAAUACAAUUCAAUUACUAAUACAAUACAAUUCUUUGCCAUCAAUGGCAACACUUUAAAAAAAAAAAAUUAACAAAUACUGUUUUUAAUGAUAUAAUAGCAGCCUGCCAUUUGUUCAUACUAUUGUGGCACUGCUUUAAUAAAAAUAUGAAGUGGUCAGUGGAACAAAGUGCUAAAACUAGCAAUUGCUUGUCCUGUACUGUUGCCUCUUUCAAAACCAUUACAUGUGGUGACCAUCUUUUGAUAAGGGCACUGUAGCAAUCUAAUGCAUCUGCACUGACGAGAAUGUCCAAGCUUGGCUGUAUUAUGUUUAUCAAAGAUGCCUAAAUAAUUAACUUCAAUUAAAUGACUCUCUCCAAAAGAGGGGAGAGAUUGUAUCUGCUAAUUGUUUUAAGCUUGUACUUGAUUUAUUUCCAGGUUACAGUGAUUUAAAAGCAUUUGUGCUCAAUAUGUUACAUUUGAAAUGUUAUAAUGGUCCUCUUCAUUGUUUUUGCUGUUCUUUUAUGUCUUUUCCAUGUCUCUUAGUAACUACCUUCUUGUGGAUCCUGGUACAAAAAAUACAUGGCGGUCGAAAUCCGGACAGGGUCAACACCCACUAACAAAGUCUAAAACCUUUACAGUAAAAUACAAAAAAGCCCAUAGGAAUUAUACCAUUACAAUACAGUAUUAUUCUGAGGGAACCAUUAUUAAAGUACAACAUCACCAGAAUGGCAACACAAUGGAAUUAUAGAACUAAUACACAGUUGUAUUGAUAUGAUAGUGUAUUGAUUAACACUGUUGUUUUACCAUUUGUACAUGUAAAUAGGAAAAUGUUCCCACUCUACAAAUGUGGCAUCAUCCUACCAAUGGUACUAUAGAACUGUUGUCAUUGCAGUGCCACGCUACAAGCUCAUGUGGUAACCCGCCUUCUUUUUAAAAACGCUUUGGGGGUGUUGCUCAAUAAGUGGUACAACCUCAGUACUUUCUAGAAAUCCAUAUACACAGCACUGGUCAUUACAGCUUACUCAUCACCUGCAUUUAUGUUUUAUUUUAUACUGUACAAAUGCACUGCUGCCGUCAUCUUACAUUAUGAGUCACUUGCUUCUGUGUGCAAUUUACUUUAAUUAGUACAGUAGUUGAUUUGCCAUGUUUUAAAGAAAUAUGCCAUAGUGGAAUGUAUACAGUGUGGAACGCCAUGUUCCGACUACUCAGACUCUCACUACUAGACUGUUAAAUCUUUGUAUACUGCACUAUUGUAUGUGCUUCUGUUUCUUUGUAUCACAUUGCCUCUUAGUAUAAUUUUUUUCUCUCCAAUUUAUAAUGUUCAAUUAUGUUUGAAAUUAAACAAUCUUUUUAAAAUGUGGAUCAAUUCCAAAAUGCUUAGCCAAUAAAACAGUUUUAAAUUGAAA